AUGGAAACAGAAAGAUAUAAGCGUCAGUCCUCUGUGUAUGAUCGUAUAGCACAAACCACGGGUGGCGAUGUUCAAAGGUUUUCAUCGUCGUCAGAGUUGGCUUCAAAAGUUGAAGAAGAUUUACUGAACGAUUUGAAUAUUAUCCAAAGUAACUCCACCGAAACCUUGAACACGGGUAACCUACCAUCAUCUACAUCUAUAAUCAAAUGGGGAACCAUCGACCAAGAUGACAAUGGCAAUUUCACAAUAGAAGUUGAUAAUUCAGUAUAUUCUCUGUAUAUUGAAAUUAAUGGAACAACAAAUUCAAGUGAUAUACAACUGAGCAAUCCAAACAGUACAUUGGUUUUACUUGGAUCUAUCGACAAAAAUGUACAACAAACAGGGUUACUGAUAUCAAUUCAGUCCCCAGAAAAGGGAAAUUGGAAUCUGAAGAAAGUUAGUAAUAAUCAGUGGAAUGUGACUAUCACAUCUAAUAGCUCGUUUGAUAUUACAUCAUCUUUACUUGAGAUGUCAAUGGAAGGCAUCCCUUUCCCAGUGAAGGGAAACCCUUUAUCGGGCAAGGAGUAUUUAGUUGUUACAUCACUACAAAAUCCCCCUACAAACUAUACUGUGACCUCCCUUACGUUAGUGGACGAAGCAGGAAGGACCAUCCGAGAAAUGAAUGCCAGUCUUCUCAGCUCCUCACCAAGCCUCCAGUAUUAUGCCAAAACCAAGAUUGUCCAACAGGUAUCAGGAAUUCAGUUACAUGGUACAGAUUCUAUUGGUCAUCCUUUCGUUCGCUCCGUUAGACAUGUCAUCACUUCUGUAGACGUAUCCCUCACAAUGCGCCCUUUUGUCGGAGAUCUGUCGCUUUCAAAAUUGGAAAAAAUUCCAUACACAAUCACCAACCAUGGUGCAGCCAACAAGACUAUUGUUGUGACAGUGUCUGAUGACCGGGGUUUUAUUGUUGGAAAUAGAUCCUUAACAUUGGUUAUUCAGCCAGGAGAAAUUACAGAGGAAUCGUUUAAUAUAAGAGGAACAAUCCCUUCGACUAUUGUUACUUUACAGAUAUCGGUGCAGGACAAGGAAACGUCAGCAGAGCUCCAAUCUGUUACCAAGAAAAUGAUGGUAUCAUCUGCCACACGUCCAUCGUGUUUUGUGACUUUAAAUGAAGAUACAUGCAGAAAUCAACCUUUUAACGACAGUAGUUGUGGCGAUGUUGUGUGGCAAGGGAAAGCUGAAUUUAAUUUUUCCGGAACAGGUUUAAGUUCUAUGUCUGUGUCCAGUUCUUCUUUUAAUUUGACACACAGUUCACUCCUAGUUUUUUCUGGUCCUGUGGAUGCUUCACUAAGAGGAGAUUGCUGUACCCCAUCAGUUGUUCUCAGUGCUAUUGAUGGUGAGGGCUUCAUCUCUCAAUGUAGAUUUACCUUGUAUUCAGAGGUCUCAUCUGACAACAUCGUAAUGGAUUCCAUAAAUCCCAUUAUGCAGGAGAGUUCUUUACCGAGUUCCCAGGAUUUGGCCAUCAUUGGUGGAGCAGUUGGGGGUGCAAUAGCUGGAAUAGUCAUCGUCUCUGUGUCUGUAUUUCUGAAACUUAAGCACAUAUUUAAUUCAAAGACAUACAAGGUCGAUGACAUCAGUCAUUCAUUUGUUACUCGAUCCGAAAAAAUAAAAAAUACACACUUUAAAAACUUAGAAAAAUCGUCAUAUCCAAAUACUGCCAGAGAAGUAGAAAUUGGUUACUGAAUCUACAAAAAACGUCCUAUCAAAGUUCUGCCAGAGAAGUAGAAAUUAGUUUCUGAAUCUACAAUUUUCUCAGUGACUGAUGUCAUUUUCUCCGUAUCCCUUUACUUUCCUUGUUUGUAAAUUAGAACCGAAGUUAUAUCAGAAUUUUUGACGUUACCUCAUUUUUGUUUCUCAUGCAUUUAUUUCUCAAGAUCGCUCGCAAGAUAUUUUUAUAUAGUUUAAUUCUGGUUGUAACGCUGUAUUUGAUUGGAUAAAAAAUUUACUUUCUAUCGUAUAAAAUGGGUUGCCUACGUCACAAUGACUUGCGUCAAAAACGUAUCAAUCCGCCUGAUGUUACAUUGAAAUUUUGUACAAAUUAAAGUCAUUUUGUUAGAACAGUCAUCUUUUUUUCUAACAUCAAAUGAAUGAAAAUUAAACUAUAAGUAAUGAAUUUAAUAGCUACCCAUUUUAUACGGUAUAAACUGGG